AUGCCCAAUGCCAAAGUGGCCGACUUGGUGGAGGAAGUGCUUCGGCACCGUCGGGAGCACUUAGUGGAGCAGGUGCGCGCCUGGGUCACCGACCUAGAGGCUGAGAUCGAGCUGCGACUGCUGCAUGCAGACUUUCACAGGGACACCAAGGGCGCUGACGGAGGGGGCGCUGACGGCGGGGAAGGUUCCAGAGACCUGGCAGAUGCCAAGACGUCCCACCCCCACUUCCACUCCCGGCGUCUCUCCGUCUCCGAGACAGCCCACGCAGGACACAGCUACAUGUCGGCAAGCUACCAACGUGCCAAGGCCAAAGGCUCUCGAUUCCAUUUUCACAAGAAGAUCCGCUUCAAGAAGGAGUCCAUCAAUUUGAAACGCCAGCUCUCACAGCUGUCUUCCCUGCGGCAGAUGGUCAGGUCUCUGGUAAGCCACCCCCUCUUUGACUUGUUCUUUGCCCUUGUUAUCGUCUCGAACGCGGUCUAUUUGGGUAUUCGUGUUGAGACCAUGGACCCAAGAUUCCCACCCGCGCAGGCCUCCACCCUACCCGUUCAGUUGACCUACGGCGUUGUCUUCUCUCUGGAAGUCAUUCUUCGGUUGUUUGCUGCUGGACCUGCAGACUAUGCUUGCGGUUCAGACUGGGCAUGGAACUGGCUGGAUGUGGCCGUGGUUGUUUCAUCCUGGACGGCCAUCGUGAUUGACCUCGCCUACGAAGGCAGCGAUGCAGGAGUAAGUUCCAGCAUACGGAUGGUUCGAAUUAUCCGAGCCUCCAGGCUUCUUCGGAUCCUGCGCACGGUUUGGGUCAUUCGAUUUAUCGGAGCCCUCAGGACCUUAGUAGCCUCAUUGGUGGACACUCUCCGGUCACUGUUCUGGGCAUUGCUCCUCCUCUUUCUUAUCAUCUAUGUCUUUGGUAUUUUGUUUACCGACGUUGCUCUGGAGUACGUGCAGGAGAACUACCAGGCGAAUGGUGAGCUUGAUCCCAAUCUGAUAAAAUAUUUCGGAUCCCUAUACAAUUCCACCGCCACGCUCUUCCGUGCCAUCUCCGGUGGUCUUGAUUGGGACAAUGCCGCAGAGAGCCUCAACCCUGUUGGAGUGCUGUGGGUUCAAAUUUUUCACUUUUACGUGGCUUUUGUGUCCUUCGCGGUCCUGAACGUAAUGACUGGCGUUUUCUGUAACUCCGCGAUCAAAUCAGCAGAGCGUGACAUGAAGGCAAAGCUGGAAGAUCGUCAUGAUUUCAGAGCAUUAAUGAUGAAUAUCUUCAAGCAGAUCGAUGCCAGUGGUGAUGGCAAGUUGACAUUGACCGAGUUCGAAACGCUGUUCGAUUCUGAGGCCAUGAAGGCAUUGCUGGAGACAGCUGACAUAAAAGCCGCUGAUGCGUGGGGCUUAUUCGACAGCCUCGACCGAGAUGGUGACAGCUUGGUGGAUGUGAACGAGUUCAUCGAGCAAUGCUUGGAAUUACAUGGCCCAGCACGUGCUCUGGAUUUGCACACGUUGACGCGGCAGACCAUGAAAUUUGCAGAGCAGUUGGCUGCAAUAGAAAAAGCACAGCAGCAGCAACUGCGGUUUACAACAUUUCCAGCACAGAGCAAGUCUGCACCCCAGGAUGACGACCUGCAGGUGUUGCGGAAGGAGCAGGCGUUGCUCACACAACAGCUGGAAGAACAAACGUCCAUUGCAAAGCGUUUGGAGGAAAGAUGUGCCGAGCUGGAGGAUGAUCUUCGCUACAACUGGGAUUGGUGGCGUGCGAAGGCCAUCCGCCUCUCCUCCCCUUUGACAAGAUACACGGAACAGAUCCCGACACCGAGUGAAGAAGCCUUCGAGUGGAAGUGGUAUCCGACAUCGUGUCCUUGUUGCAGACGACCCCUGGACAUAACAGUCUUCACUUCGGAGAAGCCGGCUGCUGUAGCCGACGUCCCAGUGUUCAGAGAACCUCGACACGCUUACGUUUGCGUUGUCUGGGGUGCAAAUUCUGGCUACGCCCUGGGUGCUGCAGUUCUGGGCGCGAGACUCAAGGAACUGCAAGCAGAGCAAGGUGACACUGCCGACUUGAUCCUGAUGCACACCGAUGAUGUGCCCUCGAACUAUUUGGAGCAGCUUUCAAAGAUCUGGAAACUGCAAAGCAUUGAUUACAUUGACGGCGUCCCCGCCCUCUACACCACGAAGGGCACGCGCUUCGACGGAGUCUUCACCAAGCUAACUGUGACCUGGCCCAAGUUCGGAUUGCGCUCCGUGAUGCUCUUGGACAUUGACACGCUGCCAGUGAAGUCCCUCAGUGCCCUCUUUGAUCUGGAGCCCCCUGCAGCCCUCGUCCGAGGGAGCUGCGAGCUGGACCACGGCGCCGUGGUGGAUGGACGCUCCUUCUUCAGCGAGGGCGGCUGGGAGCCGGGUGGUUGGCUACAGUCCGGAGGCAUCAACGCCGGCCUGAUUCUCCUGCGGCCGUCUCACGACACCUUCGAACAGAUGCUGAGCGAGGUCACUUCCGAGCACCAUCCUGCCCACAUUGCCGGUAACGGCCCGGAGCAGGACUACCUGACCCGCUUCUUUGCGGCAGACCUUCAGCAGCCUUGGCGACACAUCGACGUGUCCUACAACUUUCAGCUGCACCACAUUCCCUUUGCGUUGGAGCAGGUAGUGCGCCACCGAAAUAGGCUUGAAUGGCAUGGCGAGUCCGACUGCGAAGAAUCAGACUGGAUGCCCCGUCGACUCAAAAUCGGUGCGGAGGACAUCAAGCUGGUACACUUCAGCGGCGAGUUGAAGUACUGGCACAUGAUGCUCUGCCACGAAAAAGACAUGGAGUUCAGCAUAGAGAGAUUUGCGGAGAAGAUGUUGGCUGAAUUCGCAUCCUAUGGAGCCUGGGUGACUGGAGAAGACGACCUUGCAGAGUACGGAGCUCAUCGCUGUGACGGUCGUAUCUUUCUGGAGGGCAAUCUUACGAAGGACAUCACGGACUUGGUGCAGAGUGCUUUCCAGCACGCUCGGGAGAUUUGCACAGCCUCUUGUUCCAUUUGGCACAGCUGUGCCCUUCGGCUCCUGGACCGCCAGCCAGGCCUGCUUCGGGAGCUGGAGUUUCCCCGCGUACCGGAGGGCUGCGCGCUGCCCGGCGCAGCUGUGCACGUGAUGUGGCCUGACAGUGGCGCAGGCAAGUUCUCAGAGGAUCUUCCACCUUAUCCGGACCCUUCCCUCAGUAUCCUGAGUUCGGAGGCUCUUGGUGGCACCCUGCCCGUGUACUGGCUGUGCACGCCGACGGGAGCUACACGGCCAGAUGCCCACACGGGAUGCUUCGUUCAGACCUCUACCCGACUUCUGACCGAGGUGCACUACCAUGCACAAGACAAGGGCUGGUCUUCCUGCAUGGAGCGAAAUGUCGAUGCUGCUCGUGUCUGGUGGGAGCGUGAGAGCUCCGAGAAUUGA